AUGGACAUGGGCCUCGCGCGUGCCAUCGACGCCGGCGAGCUGUACCGGGCGGUCUUCCAGCGAGCGGAGGAGGCGGAUGUCUCCGAGCAGGCUCACAGGCUGUUCGCGGUUGCGAGCAGCGGCCCGGGCUCGCUCAGGGCGGUGUGCCAGGAGCUCUUCAGCGGCGACCUGUACGAGCGGCAGAGGGAGGGUGGCGUGCGCCGCACGCCCCUCGAUGUGUGUCAGCUUGACCUCUGUGUGACCAAGCCAGCCCCCCUGGAGGACCUCUUGGAGGAGCACACCAGGGACGUGCAUGGCAACAUAGUCAGUCGAUCGUACAGGCUGCCACCAGUGCUCUGGCUCAAUCUGGACCGCUUCGUCUUCGACCGCGAUGCCCAGAGAGGACGCAAGCGGCAGGUGCGCUCGGCGUUUCCAGACGUGCUGAACGCCUGGAUGCUGGUGCCUCCAGAGGCUGAGUGGGCCUCUGGGCUGAGUGAGUGCGCCCGCCAGCGGGGUGUGCUUCUGGAGGCCCUGCAGGCCAACCGCGCGGAGGUGGAGCAACGGUCGAGCGGUGGCUGCUGCGGUGAGGGCGCGGAGGAGGUGCUGCUGGAGCUGGUGCAGCAGCAGGAGGAGCUCCUGGCCCAGCUUGUUGAGGCGGACCGCCGAAUGGCCGAGCACGGCGCGGAACAGGAGCUGCUCUACAGGCUUGAGGCCGCCAUCGUGCACAGAGGCCGAGUCGACUCGGGCCACUACUACGCCUACGCCAGGGCGCCCGUGCCAGCGGGGACCGAGCCGAGCGCCGACGCCGAGUGGUUCUGCCUGAACGACGCGAGCGUGAGCCUGUGCUCCGCCCAGGAGAUGCACAGGGUCUGCGAGGGCCUGGGCGAGGGUGGCGCGGAGCCGCCGGGCUCGCCCGCCGCCUGUGCUUUUGCAGCGAGGUGCGGCGCCAGCUCGGACGGCUUGCUGACCGAGGUGCGGCAGCGCGUCCCGCGCGAGCUGCAGGAGCGGAUCGACACCAAGAACUUAGAGCUGCUGCGGCUCAGCGCCGAGAGGGUGGUCGAGGACUUUGCGCGGUGCGUCCGCCACUUGACCAGCCACGAGCCCGGCGAGACGAGGGGGAGCGCCCACGGGACGCCUUGCAAGGCGCGCUCAAGCACGCCGAGCGCAUCCGUGCGGAGGGCGGCAUGCCCCGUGCCCGGGCGUACCUCCUCAAGAGGUGCUGGCAGGAGCACGUGGCCUGGCUCCCGGAGGACCUCUGCCCGACCGCCACGCCCCCGGACUUCCGGAUGCACUACGGCAGCGCGGCCAAGAGGUUCCUGCUGGACGCGCUGA